AUGAAGUCAGUCCAGUUGUACUUUCUUCUCUGUUGCUGGAAAGCAAUGUGCUGCAAUAGCUGUGAGCUGACCAACAUCACCAUCACAGUGGAGAAAGAGGAAUGUCGCUUCUGCCUGAGUAUCAACACCACUUGGUGUGCAGGCUACUGCUACACCCGGGAUCUGGUGUACAAGGACCCAACCAGGCGCAAUACUCAGAAAGCAUGUACCUUCAAGGAGCUGGUGUAUGAGACAGUGAGAGUGCCUGGCUGUGCUCACCAUGCAGACUCCAUAUAUACGUACCCAGUAGCCACUGAAUGUCACUGUGGCAAGUGUAACAGAGACAGUACCGACUGCACCGUGCAAGGCCUGGGGCCCAGCUACUGCUCCUUCAGUGAAAUAAAAGACUAA